AUGACAUUGGGUGUAACUGAGGAUGCUAAUCGUACCUGGCAACGGCACAUUCUGACUCGUUGCUCGGGCCAGGAUGCGAUAUCUCGGAAGUGUUUGACAGUAUUCUGGGGUGGGGUUAAGUUGGUGCGUGCUGGACGUGCUAUGUCACUCCUCGUAUCAGCUUAUUGGUUUUGUUGUUACAACCUUUCAACUACAAUGAAUGUUUUGGAAUUGUUUGGAUUCGAUUUUAGUACCACUCUUACUGAAACUCAAAAAAUUACGAAAGAUUAUGAACGAUCCAAUUUGUUGUUAAUCACUAGAUUGGUAUUGCGUAUAUUUCUGGAUGAAAGUAUGCAUUCGCGACAUCGUAUUAUCAAUGCCGAAAUACGUUCACUUACUGACCUUUUCGUCAUACUUGAGAAAGUUUUAUGGCAUGGUUUUAAAAGUUCAGUCCAGAAGACAAUGAUAGCACUGCGUGCUCCAGAUUCUGAAUUAUGGAGUUGUCUUGGUAAAGUUGCAAGCGUAAAUGCAGAUAUGAAUGAAAGUUACCAGUGCAUUGACCGCAUCGAUAAGAUCACAACUCCUCUGCUUCGCAUUCGAGCCUUUAUGAGAUUAGCCGUGAUGCAGAAGAAACUUGGCAACUACUUCGAGAAUUUGAUUACUUCAAGCUACAUCAGGUGUGAAAAUCUAAAUGAGUUUAUUUCAUUGCUUUCCAAACAGAUAGCAAAAAUUCGUGAAGAUACUGGAGUCCCAAUUCGUGCUUUACAUUUAGAUGUUUUCCGGGACUUCUACGAGCCAUGGGCAUUAAUUCGGCAUGAAGAAUGCAUUGGUUUAUCCGGAGCAUUAAUGGCACUUUCGGUUCUUGAUUGCAAUCUGGUGCUAGAUCAGACAGUGCUAGAAAAUCAACCCGUAACUGUUGAACUAGCGGCUUAUGUACGUUUACCAAACAUAUCGAAUGACCCUAGUAGUGAAACGGAAUCUGAUAUGGUAGAUGCAAAGUCACUGGAACUUGCUCUUGAUCAAAAAAAUUAUUUGGAACAACGGAAUCAUUAUUUGGAAUCUAAAGUGGUUGAAUUGAAGAUGAAAAUUGAAGAAGUCAAUCUCUCUGCUCUUAAUAGCAACAGUUUAGUUGAUGUUGCAACGGAAGAUACGUCGAAGAUGACUAAUGAGCACAUUGCUGCAGUGGAAGCACUAGAAAAGGAGAAGUUUGUCUUUAGCGGAGUUAGCUCAAUUAGCAUCCGAAAAGGAAGAUUCCAUACGAAUUUUACGGCAACAACUAGCAGAUACAAAAAAGUAAAUGUUGAUUUGUAUGAGAAAAUCCGUAUUGUGGAAGGGAAAUAUCGACAGCUGGAAAAAGAUAUGAUUAAUGCCAAUAGCCGAUAUAUCCAUGAGAGAGAACAGCAACAGCAGGUGAUCGAUACAUUGAACAAAAGAAAUUCUAUGCAUGAAAUGGAUUUAGAACAUGAAGCUGGGACUUCGGAGAUGUUGAAAAAGGAGCUAGCAGAUAAAACUGAAGAAUAUAUGCAAACAUUGAAUGUGUUGGAAAAGAAACAGCAAGAACUGGCUGUUGCGAAUGAUCGACUUGGAAAAUUGCAGCGUCAAACUUCUGAAUUGAAUGAAAAGCUGAAACAGUUACCUGUGAUAAAACAGGAACUCGAAGAGUUGACCGCUAGUUACAAAUAUAAAAGUGAGAAACUGGAGGAUUGUGAAAAAGCUUUAGAAGAGCUUGGUGGUCAUCUGUCGGAGUCAAAGUUGAAAGUAGUUGAAUUGAAAGAAGAACUGUUGCCGCUUUCGGAAGCUGAGUGGGAAAAGGAUGGCAAUGUCUUAAAUUGUAAGGGGUGCAAUUUGCAAUUCAGUAUGAGUAAACGGAAACACCAUUGCAGAAAUUGUGGCUCUAUAUUUUGCAAUUCAUGCACCGAUGCGCGCGUCAAGCUGCCUUCUAGCGCGAAACCAGUGCGAGUUUGUUUGCACUGUUACAACUUAUUGCGCUCACGACAUAAUUCUUCAUUAGAAGAAAAUUCAUCGCUUAAUUCUUUUUAA